AUGGCAGCCCCUUUCCGCCGUCCCUCCAAACCCCUCAAAAACAAAACCACUCCUAACCCUAACCCUAAUCCUAACCCUAAACCCGCACCUAUUUCAAAUCCUCUCAGAAACCCCUUCCAUUCCUCCAAUUCCCUCACUAACAAGCUUUGGCUCACAAGCAAACUAUCUCCUCCACCACCACCUCCUCCGCUUCCGUAUAAACCACAAGAGGAUGAAGUAGAAGGCGAGAGCUCCGAUGACCGGACUCAGUUCCGCCAACCAGGGAAAAUCUUUGUAGGAAACUUACCAGGAUGGGUAAAGAAACAAGCGGUUUCAGAAUUCUUCCGUCAAUUCGGACUGAUAAAAAACCGUGAUUUUGAUCAGAGGCCGUGGAAUUCGACGGUGUUGACAGUCAAACUCGAUGAUGGCAAGAAGUGGAAGGAGAAAAUGCUUGAGAGGGAAAAGUGGUUGCAUGGGAAUCAUGACAAGGACUACCGGUCCAUGUGGCAUGAGGAGAGGGAUGGUUCCAGGAAAGAGUUUCAGAAGGUUAUGGAAACCCACCCGGAGAACUGGCAGGAGGUUGUUUGUGCUUUUGAAAGAAUUAACAAGUUUUGCUGUGGAAUCUGUUGCAUAACUUUCAACUUGGUUAGAAAGGUUCCUUGUGUAGAGUUUUUCAGUAGAUAA